AUGGCGUCGCCUUCCAGACCUGGUGCUGCAUCUCAGCCGUCCGAUUUAGAAUCCGGUCCGCCUCCCAUCGUUCUCCCGGCGAAUGCAGCAUUGCGGUCGCCUCCCCUUCCGCCGCGCUCUGCCACUGUCGCCGGUCGUCCGCCGCUCCCCCCCGCCUCCUCUGAAUCAGGUUCGGAUGGGCCCUCCGCCGCCUCUCCCGCGCGCGGCGCGCGUUCCCCCGCCGCAGCCUACGCUCCGCGCCCAUCCGCGUCGUACUCCUCGCCCACGUCCGGCGGAAACGGCUAUUCCACGCGCCCCGCGCCUCCCCCGCGCGCGAUUCUGCUGCAGCGGUCGCGGUCGGGCGUGCUGAUCGGCGCGCGGUCGUUUGGCGGAACGCAACUGCCGUGGGAGCCGCCCAAGCGCAAGCCGCCGCAGCACACGGCGGAAGUGGGCGCGAGCGACGCCGUGGCGCAGAGCCUGGACUACGAGUUAGAGGAAUCGGAGGAAGCACGAGCGGCGGACAAGCUGGGGUUGGGCGAGGCGAUGGAGUACACGGCAGCGAAGUGGGUGCUGGUGCUGCUCAUCGGGUGCAUGACGGGCGGCGCCGCUUUUCUGAUCAACAUGGUGGUGGAGAAUAUUAUGGGGGUCAAGCUCGCGCUCACCAUCUCACUGCUCAAUGGGGGGAGCCCAUUUCUGGCAGUACUGGUGUACUCGUUACUGAGUGCUCUGCUGGUGGCAGCAUCAGCGGCGCUGUGUGUGUUUGUGGCGCCAGCAGCAGCGGGGUCGGGGAUUCCCGAGGUGCGGGCGUACCUCAAUGGCGUUGACAUGCCGCAAGUGCUCUCGCCACUCACUCUGCUCGUUAAGAUAUUGGGCAGCAUGGGGGCGGAAGCAGGUGGGCUAGCCCUGGGCAAGGAAGGAGGCCCCUCUGGUGCACAUCGGGGCAGCAUGGGCGCGGAGGCGGGUGGGCUAGCGCUGGGCAAGGAGGGUCCGCUGGUGCACAUCGGCGCCGCCAUUGCUGCUCUCUUCGGCCGCGGCUCCAUCCGCGACCGCCUCGCCCGCCGGGCUGCGCGAGUGGUUGGGGGCGGGGGUGGGGGUGAGGGUGCCGGCGGGGGUGGUGGUGGUGGUGGGAAUGGGAAGGAGGUUCUUGGUGCGGCAAGCGCAGGUGGGGUGCUGCGGGCAGCAACAGCAGGGACAGGAGUGUGUGAGCCUCUGCUUGCACAGAGCACCACAGAGAGCAGCACGGGCAGGGGAGGAAAGGGAGGUGGAGAGGAGGGGGGGCGGCGGCGGUGGUGGCUGCUCUACUCGGGCUGGCUGCGCUUCUUCGACAACGACCGUGCGCGUCACGACCUCGUCACCAUUGGUGCCGGCGCUGGCCUGUUCUACUCGGACUGGCUGUGUUUCUUCGGCAACGACCGGGCGCGCCACGACCUCGUCACUAUUGGUGCUGGGGCAGGUGUGGCGGCGGCCUUCCAGUGCCCGCUGGGAGGCAUCCUGUUUGCGCUAGAGGAGCUCACCUCCUGCACCACUGGUGCCUGCUCUACUCGGGCUGGCUACGUUUCUUCGGCAACGACCGUGCGCGCCACGACCUCGUCACCAUUGGUGCUGCUGGGGGGGGUUUGCGGCCGCCAGUGCCCGUUGGGAGGGAUUCUCUUUGCUCUCGAGGAGCUCAUCUCCUGUACUGGCCGGUGUGGUGGGUGCGGCAGCCUUCCUGUGCCUGCUGGGUGGAGUUCUCUUCACUCUCGAGGAACUCACUUCCUGCUGGCUGCUUUUGCUGCUCUUGUGGGUCUGCACCUCAGGUGGAAGAAGAAGGUGGUGUGGAAGGCACUGUUCACGAAUGCGGUGGGCGCCAUUGCACUGCGAGCACUCAUGGCGGCGUGCCAGGGGGGGCAAUGCGGGCUGUACAGCGAUGGGGGGUUCAUUCUCUUCGAUGCCCAGAGGGAGAGCGACUUUGGGUUGAGGGAGCUGCUGCCAGUGCUGGUGUUGGGCAUCACAGGGGGCCUCGUGGGGGCGCUCUUCAACACCGCUGUCGCCCGCCUCUCCAAGCUGCGCGCCAAAUACAUCAACCCUCUAUAUGUGCUCUCCACGGAUGGCGCCAUCCAUCUGUACACUCUCCCUCUCAUGCCAUGCUCUGAUUCUCACACGUCCGCUCACACUUCUGCUCACCCCCCUUUCCCCUUUCCCCCCUGCUCCCCCCUCCACCAACACAGCUACGGUCCAUGGUGCAAGGUGCUGGAAGCAGCACUCAUCGCCAUCCUCACCUCCCUCACUCGCAUGGCCCUCCCCUUCGCCCCGUCCACCUUUCCCCCUCCCCCCCCUCCCCCCCAAUGCAGCUACGGUCCAUGGUGCAAGGUGCUGGAAGCAGCACUCAUCGCCAUCCUCACCUCCCUCGCCCGCAUGGCCCUCCCCUUCGCCUCGCGCUGCCUGCCCUGCCCGGAAAACGAGGUCUGCCCGGACCCCAGCCUCAACGGCAACUACAUUGCUUUCACCUGCCCGGCGGGCAGCUACAACCCGAUGGCUGGUCUGGCACCCACCACCAACGAUAAUGCCAUCACCAACCUCUUCUCCAGCUCGCCCGCCCAGUACACGUGCGUUUUUGCACUCUAUCUGAGUGUUACACGUGUGAGAAUACUCAAAAGUGGCAGGACUGGUGCCCGGCCACCACCAUGGCAACGCUAUCUCACCAACCUCCUUUCCAGCUCGCCUGCUGAGUUCUCCCGCUGCACUCACGCCCGCCACUCGCUGCACUCACGCCCGCCACUCGCUGCACUCACGCCCGCCACUCGCUGCACUCACGCCCGCCACUCGCUGCACUCACGCCCGCCACUCGCUGCACUCACGCCCGCCACUCGCUGCACUCACGCCCGCCACUCGCUGCACUCACGCCCGCCACUCGCUGCACUCACACCCGCCACUCGCUGCACUCACGCCCGCCACUCGCUGCACUCACGCCCGCCACUCGCUGCACUCACGCCCGCCACUCGCUGCACUCACGCCCGCCACUCGCUGCACUCACGCCCGCCACUCGCUGCACUCACGCCCGCCACUCGCUGCACUCACGCCCGCCACUCGCUGCACUCACGCCCGCCACUCGCUGCACUCACGCCCGCCACUCGCUGCACUCACACCCGCCACUCGCUGCACUCACACCCGCCACUCGCUGCACUCACACCCGCCACUCGCUGCACUCACACCCGCCACUCGCUGCACUCACACCCGCCACUCGCUGCACUCACACCCGCCACUCGCUGCACUCACACCCGCCACUCGCUGCACUCACACCCGCCACUCGCUGCACUCACACCCGCCACUCGCUGCACUCACACCCGCCACUCGCUGCACUCACACCCGCCACUCGCUGCACUCACACCCGCCACUCGCUGCACUCACACCCGCCACUCGCUGCACUCACACCCGCCACUCGCUGCACUCACACCCGCCACUCGCUGCACUCACACCCGCCACUCGCUGCACUCACACCCGCCACUCGCUGCACUCACACCCGCCACUCGCUGCACUCACACCCGCCACUCGCUGCACUCACACCCGCCACUCGCUGCACUCACACCCGCCACUCGCUGCACUCACACCCGCCACUCGCUGCACUCACACCCGCCACUCGCUGCACUCACACCCGCCACUCGCUGCACUCACACCCGCCACUCGCUGCACUCACACCCGCCACUCGCUGCACUCACACCCGCCACUCGCUGCACUCACACCCGCCACUCGCUGCACUCACACCCGCCACUCGCUGCACUCACACCCGCCACUCGCUGCACUCACACCCGCCACUCGCUGCACUCACACCCGCCACUCGCUGCACUCACACCCGCCACUCGCUGCACUCACACCCGCCACUCGCUGCACUCACACCCGCCACUCGCUGCACUCACACCCGCCACUCGCUGCACUCACACCCCCACUCGCUGCACUCACACCCGCCACUCGCUGCACUCACACCCGCCACUCGCUGCACUCACACCCGCCACUCGCUGCACUCACACCCGCCACUCGCUGCACUCACACCCGCCACUCGCUGCACUCACACCCGCCACUCGCUGCACUCACACCCGCCACUCGCUGCACUCACACCCGCCACUCGCUGUGCUUUCAUGCGUUCAUCCAUUCCACCAGCUGCCUCAUACAUUCAGAUUCUUUCUGAUCACAUCUCCCUCUUUCCCUAUCGUAGUCGCCACUUCGCACUUUCUAUCCACCACUCCGCUUGCAAGACUUCACCAGUGGCCGUUCCCCAUCUGUUUUCCGCACCCUCCCAAUCACAGCCACACACACUCGCCUUCUUCUUCCUUCUCCUUUUUCCCCCUCACUGCCCUCGCCCCCCGCGCUCCUCACGUUCCUCCCACCCGCAGCCACGCCACGCUGGCGAUCUUCUUCCUCGUCUUCUUCUCGCUCGCCAUCAUCACUAAUGGCUGCUCCGUGCCGGCCGGCCUCUUCGUCCCACUCAUAGUAGCGGGCGGCACAUAUGGCCGCAUGAUGGGCAAGCUCAUGCGCUCACUCACCUCCUCCUCCUCCCCCACACUCUCAUCCUUCCUCCUCCCCUCCCUCACCUCUCCCCUUCGGUCCGCCGGGUUACUUUUGUUCGGAGAAUCUGGUUCUGACACGGGAUUGGACGAGGGGACGUACGCGCUGCUCGGUGCCGCGUCCCUAUUGGGCGGCUCCAUGCGCAUGUCUGUCUCCCUCUCCGUCAUGCUUCUAGAAGUUACUGGGAACCUUCUCCUCCUGCCCCUGAUCAUGCUAGCAACAACCAUCGCCAAGGAGGUGGGGGACUGUUUCAACGAAGGGGUGGUUGACGAGGCGAGCCACUUAAAACGCCUGCCCAUGCUGGAAUACCCCCCUCCCGAGUUCAUGAAGAAUCUAACAGCUAUAGACGGCGUGCGCGGGCCGGCUGUAGCGCUGAAGAGCGUGGAGCGCGUGGGGGAGGUGCUGCGAGUCCUGCAGACCACCACCCACUCCGCCUUCCCUGUCGUGCAGAUUGUGGCUGUGGGGGAGGGGGGGAGGCUGGGAGAGAGGGAGGAGGAGGGGGGAGGUGAGGGGGAGGGGGAGGAGCAGGCGGUGCUGUAUGGCAUGGUGCUGCGCUCCAAGCUGCUCAAGCUGCUGGCUGAUAAGUCCACCUUCCAGCGCGGCACUCUCUGCACCGCUCGUAACAAUCCCCUUUAUAAGCUUCCUCUUUCUACCAACGCUGCAGCUGGUGCUGUGCCGGAACCUAGACCUGCUACCCAGCGCACCGUGCGGUUUGAGGGUGUGCCGGGCAGUCCAGAGGCAGCCAAUGGGGAGAUGCCACGUGGCACAGUUGAAGGUGGCUAUGCGGAAGGGCAGACACCCGAGCGAAUAUUGGCGAAAUCUCUGUCCCACAAGCACUGCACGGCGACCGCAAUAGUGAACGUUAAGAAGACGCCUUGUAUCGAGGAUAUUGAUCUGAGUGCAGAGGAGCAGGACAUGUUCCUGGACCUGCACCCCUUCUGCAACACGUCCCCCCACGUGGUGGGCGAGGCCAUGAGCCUGCGCAAGGCGUACGCCAUCUUCCGGCGAAUGGGGCUGCGCCACCUGUGCGUGGUGCGCGAGCGCAUGCAGGUGGUGGGCGUGCUGACGCGCAAGGACCUGCUGCCCCACUCGUUUGAGAAGCAGCAGAUGGACGAGGAGUGGGACGACGACGACAGCGAUAGCAGCGACGAGGAGGAGGACGAGGAGGAGGGGGAUGGUGGGGUUGCGAGCAUGAAUGGGGGGGCGGGGGUGAGUGGCAGUGGUGGUGAGGGUGGAGUGGCAAUAGUGGAUCGGGCGAUUGUGGCCGUGGCGAGUGAUGGGGAGGAGAGUGGGAGGCGUGGGAGCGGCCAUGCGAGUGAUAGUGAGGGUGGUGGUAGGCGUGGCAGCGGGCAUGCGAGUGACGGUGAGGGUGGUGGGAGGCGUAGGAGUGGGCAUGCGAGUGACAGUGAGGCUGGUGUUGGAACCCCGAGGCGCAGGAAGCGUGCCAUUCCUUCCUUCAUCUCGCGCUGCCACACACAGAAGUACCACUGA